AUGGCAGACACCUCGAUAUCAGAUGGAGGCCCCGAGCCUACGCCAAUGGCCGCGCCCGUCAGUAUCAAAGCUCCUGGAACGAAUAGUGAUGGCAAGCUUGAUUCUCUCGACCAGCGGUUGGAAAGGAUGGGUCGUCUAGUCGAGAAUCUCGUUGCUGAAAACAGACCAGGAACUAGAGCAACGUCAUCUGCCUCCCCUCUCAACGAAUCGGACCCCUCUCCUGGAGUUAGUAUUGGCAGUGGCUUCGGCACCUCAUCACCUCCGGUAGCUCCGAGGGUGAACCUUGAACAACCAGAAGCACAAGGCACUGUAUCACCUGCCCACGCGCGGGAGCAGCAGGAAGGAAACUCAAUUGCCGUCACCGAAGGGCCAUCUUCAUUCUCUGCCCAAUCUGACUUCGCCGUCGCGUUUCUGAAGAAGGUAGUCGGCUCUGAUCGAGAUCAGGGACACGUCUUUGACUCCCUGGAGCUCCAAGAUGCCCUAGGCCAUAUUGUCGAUGUCCUCCACAAACAGCAGGGCUCACUAGACAUGGCCUUCUCCGCCACAGAUGCGCCAACGCCUGUUCGCGUGCGUCCCAAAAUGCCACCUAUCGAAGCUUCCGUGGCUGUCAUCAGGAGCACAGAAGACCGAGCGAAGAUAAUUAUUUAUCAUCUGUCCUCUGUGAUUGACGUACCAAGCAUCUCAGACAUGUGUCUAAAAGUCUACUUCUCGCAAGAUUACUCCGAUGCCGAGUUAAUCAUUCUCAACGCAAUUCUCUAUUGCAAGUGCCUCCUCCCUUUUGAAAAUGAACUCGUCCCCCCGUCCAUACCAAUGAACUACUUCUUGGCUAAUACUAGACAUGACACAGUCCUGUUUGGACAACACGAUAAUCAGGAAGAGAAUAAAGCAAUAUGCGCCGAGAACCUCACAAACGCCUUGGCCCGGCUGUCCUUAUAUAUCAAACCCAGCUUUGACAUGACGUUUGCACUGAUUCUGGGUGCUGUCUUUGCCAUGGAGUCAUUCAAGCCUUUAGUAUCCUGUACCUUGAUCACUGCCGCAUAUCAAGCCGCAUACUCUCUGGGUUAUCACACCAGGCAAAAGGGCGCUGAUAAAGGCAGUGAUUCGCCCAACAAGGCAGGAUUGCUAUUCUGGGCCAUCUACUUCCUCGAGAGAAGCUUCACUCUCGGGCUAGGGCGGUCGUCAACUAUCCCGAAUUCCGACAUCACCGUGCCACUGCCAGGCGGCCCUAAAUUCCCACUCAAUUCGGGCAUGAAUGCCUACCGGAACAUGGUCAGGACUGCCCGCUUAUCGGGUAGAGUCUACGAGGACCUAUACUCGGCAGAGGCUCUUCAUCUACCCGCCAAUGUGCGGCAGCAAAAGGUGGCCGAACUGACCAAGGAGUUGCAAGAUAUACGUGAGACACAUCGCCAAGUCAGGGAAGCCAUUCCCAUCAAUCAAUCGGACCCCGCGAUGGCUCUGAAGAUGAAACAAUUAGUUGAGUUCAUCUAUCAUUCAGAUGAAAUCCACUGCUUGUCCAUCCUCACUCUCAUACAGCGUGCGGCGCCCCCUCCCACUACAGGCCCUUCAAAGACCUUCACUGAGGAGUGCAUCGCAUCUGCUCGCAGUGUCAUCGAGAUACACCACAGAUUUGUGCCGCUGCUCAAGGAGCGAGGUACUCCUUUCGUAUCUGCACAAGUGAACUGGGUUUUGAACUUCCUGCCCUUCAUAUCCUUUGUCGUGCUCUUCUGCCACGUCAUCGAAACGGGAAAUGACGAGGACCUGAACCGCAUGGGCAAUUUCGUCCAGUCGAUGGAAGUGGCCAGCACGUUCUCUAACUUUAAAGACAACCACCAUCGCCUAUUCCAGGUCCUCCACACCGUUGCCACCCGCUACUCGGAGCUUAAGGCUUCACUGACGCCCUCGCAAGUGAACAACGCCGAGUUGCGCACGGAGAUGGACGCCUACCUCAGCUCGCUCGGAUAUCAGCCCAUGCAUCAGGACAUGACGCAGGACUUUACCGCCUUGCCAACCAUGUCCUUCUUGGAUAUGCCGAUGGACACUUCAGGGGCCCAUCCGGAGGUUGAACCGAACCCGCAGUUGGCGAAUUGGUUCUCUUGGAGCCAGCAGAUGAUGGGAUUGAUGGACAGUAAUCAGCCCGAUAUUUGA